CUGGCGAUGCUGUUCGUGCCCUACAUCGUGGAGGAAUUCGGGCCCGGCAUGCAGUUCCAAGUUUCCGGCCUCAUGGCCCUGGUGUGGCUGACAACGUGGUGGAGGGUGGGGUCUGAUCAGCCGCCGGAAAGCGGCGGCGGCGGCAGCAGCAGCAGCGGGUCGCACUCACCGGCCCGGGUCGAGGAAGGGAGCAUGGAGGCGGUGCCGCCGUUUAACAAGAAGGAGGACCCGAUGCCGCUCCUGCACUCCCACGGCAGCCACAGCAGUAGCAGCGGUGCCAUCGGCGGUGCGGGGGGGGGGGGAGGCAGAGAUUCCAAACACGGGAGGAGCUGCGGCAAGGGGGACGGCGGCACGGGCGUUCCGUGGGGGAUCUUGAUCCGGAGCUCGGCGGUGUGGGCCAUCGUGACGAACAACUUCGCCUUUCACUACGCCACGUACGUCCUGAUGAACUGGCUGCCCACCUAUUUUCAGGACCACAUCGGCGUGGGGCUGUCGGAUAUGAGCAAUUGGUACACGGUGAUGCCGUACGUGAUGAUGUUCCUAGCGUCGAACGCAGGGGGGUCCUUGGGCGCGUGGGCGCACGUCUCCCUCGGCAGGUCCAUCGUAUUCUCCCGCAAGUUCGUCAAUACCCUGGGCUUUUCCCUGGCCCCCCUGUCGCUCCUGCUCAUGCCUCGGGCGACCCACUGGAGGGAUGGUGUCUUGUACACCACCAUGGCAUUGUCGGCGCUUGGUUUGUCACGCGGGGGUUGGGCUGUCAAUCACAUGGACAUCGCACCGCGACAUGCCGGGGUCGUGAUGGCAAUCGCGAACGGUGCCGGCACCCUAGCCGGGGUCGUGGGGGUGUCGUGGACGGGGAAAAUUUUGGAGGCGAUGGGUGGGCCAACGGAAGCCGUGGCCUGGACGGUCGCUCUGGGGGUCGUCGCGUUUAUUUGCGUGAGCGCGCUCGUGACGUUUCUGUUCCUGGCGCGAGGAAACACGUUAUUCCAUUGAUUGAUGAUGUCUGGGUGGGCUACCAAGGGAUGGGAUGAUGGCAUAUCAUGUCCCACGCCGUUGGUUGGCUUCCGAAGCCGCGUAUUCUCGAAGUAUUUUGUACGUGUUGUAUAAUUUUUGGUGUGAUGAUUUCAUGUCUGCCCCAGGGUGCCAUUCGGCAACCCUGCU